AUGCGAAACCAUCAUCGGAGGCCGGGAAAACAGAAGGAUUCAGCAUUCAGGAGUUAGGAUCGAGGUCAUCUGCCUGUCACGUGCCUAAGCAACGCAAUGCAGGUGCCACCGACAGGUCCUUCGGGAAUGGAAGUGCUGGGGAUGGGUUCUUCGUGCUGCACUGCAUCCAAAGCCAUGCGUGACAAAUAUUUAUUAACUGCCACAACAGCGGGCAGCAGCUUAGAAGCUUGA